AUGAGUCUCCAACAAUGGGAGCAAAAGGCUCAGAAGGGCAGGGAGAUUCUGCAGAAUUCUAUUCCAAAGCAAUGGCUUCUCCCUGCCGAUAGAUUGCCGCCUGUUUCCCAAAAGAGCGUGGUUGAUUUCCCCAAGGAGAGUGGGCUGCUGAGCGAGCGGGAGCUGAGAAUUACCGAUAUGUCGGCUACAGCACUAGUCGAGGAGAUGGGCAAGGGGAGUUUGACUGCGGAAGAGGUGGUGGUUGCGUUUUUGAAACGAUCCGUGCUGGGUCAUCAAUUGCUUAACUUUGCCACGGAGUUUAUGGCUGACGAAGCAAUUGCCCGGGCUAAAGAACUUGACGAGUUCUAUCAACGUACAGGGAAAUUAGUCGGGCCUCUUCACGGUGUUCCGAUCAGUGUAAAGGAGCACUUGGCUUUCAAAAAUCGGACGUGCAAUACAGGUUAUGUUGCUUGGGUCGACAAGGUCAUGACAGAAGAUGCCCUUCUUAUCCAACUACUCGCCAAAGCCGGUGCAGUUUUCCACGUUCGAACUAACCAGCCGCAAUCGUUGAUGCAUUUGUGCUGCAGCAAUAACAUCACCGGCACAACUGUCAACCCAUACAACCGCACUCUAACGCCAGGCGGAUCAUCCGGCGGCGAAGGCGCUUCAAUGGGCUUCCGCUGUGCCCCGCUAGGUAUCGGGACUGAUAUUGGCGGAUCAAUUCGCUGCCCGGCGGCAUUUUGCGGUGCCUAUGGUUUCCGUCCCUCCACGCUUCGCAACCCUGGAACGGGAAUCAAUGUCGCCUCGGCGGGGCAGGAGACUAUUCGCGGUGUGGUUGGGCCUAUGGCGAGUCGAUCGAUUGAAGAUCUGGAAUUGUUCCAACGAGCUGUGUUGGAACAGGAGCCUUGGGAUGAUGAGACGUCUUUAAUGCCCUUGCCGUGGAAAACGAUCGCUCCAACUCGGAAUAUCACGGUUGCUAUUAUGUGGGAUGAUGGAUGGGUUCGACCACAUCCGCCUAUCACGCGCGCUCUCAGACACGCCAAGGAGAAGCUGGCAGCUGCGGGUGUGAAAGUGGUGGAUUGGGAGCCAUAUAAGCAUAAGCACGGCUGGGAAGUCAUUUCUGCCCUUUAUUACCCGGACGCGGGCGCCAAACAGCGCGAGCUCAUGCGCGAAUCGGGAGAACCAGCACGCCCUCUUACAGACUGGGCUUUGUCCUAUAGUCGUCCCUCGCCUCUUUCCCAUGCCGAGCUUUGGGCGCUGCAAGAACAGCGAGAAAUCUUCAAGGAUGAAUACAAUGCUCUUCUCAAACGUCGCGGUGUAGACUUUAUUCUAUCCCCGACAUAUCCUGCUGCUGCCGCCGUUAUGGGCGAGUCUCAGUAUUGGAAUUACACUGCUAUCUGGAACUUGGCGGACUUACCCUCUGCUGUGUUCCCAUCCGGGCUGACUGUUGACCCUAAGUUGGAUAUGCUGGAUGAGAAGUAUGUUCCUCGUGAUGAAGUUGAUGAGAGGGAGUGGUUGAAGUAUCAAGGCCCAGAGCGGUAUGAGGGUGCCCCGGUAGGACUGCAGGUUGCCGGAAGACAUAACAAGGAUGAGGAGACUUUGAUGGCGGCCAAGGUUAUUGAGGAGAUUAUAAAGGACGAGAAGAAGGAUUCGAAGCUCUAA